AUGACGGUGCGCGCGCAAUUCAUUCACCGGUCGGCGGGGGCGGGCGGGCGGCGGGGCGGGCAGGACUCGCGCGCUCAGGGCUGCCACUCGCGGGCGGCGAAUUCACGGUUUCGUUUACGUUCGUUUCCAACUGUGUGGCCUAUGGGAUUUUCCGUUCGCAUUCGCUUUGCCGUUUUCGCGCGAGUCGCAGCCCUGGGGCGGGCGGGCGCGAGGCGAGCCGAGGCGGGCGGCGGGGCGGCGUGGAAUCGGUUUUGUCGACGCGCGGCCGGCGGUCGAGCGCGCCGCCGCGUGGCCACCACGGCCGACCCGGACGCGAUCCCACUGGUGGUCCAGAGCGGCCACCAGCUGCCACCAUGCCGCAACAUUAUGGGCUACAACGGCCACUCGGGCAACGGGUACAACAAGCUGUUCACGCAGUUGUUUAACCGAGUGCGUUACGCGGCGCGUCGGCUAACUUUUCUGUCGAAAAAUUGGUUUGGGAGAGUCGACACGCCACAUCGCCAUCGACCAAUGACACACUACAAACCUUUGGGCUCGGCUGACUCCAACUACUCGCAGCCGUCCUCUGAGCUGUCGUUGGACGAGGACAAGGAGGCUCUGCGGCGAGAGAAGGAGGCGCAGGCGCUCUCGCAGCUCGACAAGGCGCGGUCGAAGCCGGUGGCGUUCGCUGUCAGGACCAAUGUGGCGUACGACGGGACCCUGGACGACGACUCGCCGGUCCACGGCAGCGCCAUCUCCUUCGAGAUCCGCGACUUCCUCCACAUCAAGGAGAAGUACGACAACAACUGGUGGAUCGGGCGCCUGGUGAAGGAGGGAUGCGACAUCGGCUUCAUACCGUCGCCCGUGAAGCUGGAGACGCUGCGGACAGGGCUGGCGCGGGGCCGCUACCGCCCGCCCUCCGCCGCGGCCACCGGCCUCCCGAGCCGAGGUAGCACACCCCCCACGCCCGAUGUGCCAACCUUCGACCGAGGUGAAGACUCAGACUCGGGCAAGGGUAGGGGUGCAGGGGCUUUACCGGGCGGCAAGGAGAAGAGGAAGCCAUUCUUCAAGAAGCAGGAGAGCCCCAACCCUUAUGAUGUGGUACCUUCGAUGCGGCCCGUGGUGAUUGUGGGGCCCUCGCUCAAGGGCUACGAGGUGACAGAUAUGAUGCAGAAGGCGCUCUUCGACUUCCUCAAGCGAAGGUUCGAGGGCAGGAUUGUUAUAACACGUGUGAUACCGGACAUAUCCCUCGGCAAGCGCUCCCUGCUCACCAACCCGUCGAGGAGGGCGAUAAUGGAGCGCUCCAACUCGCGCUCCACGAUCAUCAUCACGCGCGUCACGGCGGACAUAUCGCUGGCCAAGCGGUCCCUGCUGACGCCGUCCAAAAAGACAAUAGAGCGCGGCAAUUCGCGUAAUAACUGCCUCGCGGAGGUGCAGGCGGAAAUCGAAAGGAUAUUCGAGCUGGCGCGCACGCUGCAACUCGUGGUCCUGGACUGCGACACCAUCAACCACCCGUCGCAGCUGGCAAAGACCUCGCUCGCGCCCACCAUCGUGUACCUGAAGAUAUCCAGCCCAAAGGUUCUUUCUCGGCUCAUCAAGUCGCGUGGCAAGGGGCAGACCAAGCACAUGUCGGUGCAAAUGGUGGCGGCGGAGAAGCUGUCCCAGUGCCCCCUGGACAUGUUCGACGUGAUCCUCGACGAGAACCAGCUCGAGGACGCCUGCGAGCACAUCGCCGAGUACCUAGAGGCUUAUUGGAGCGCGACCCACCCGCCCUCGGCGUCGCCGCAGCCGCGCGCGCCCACGCAGCACGCGCCGUCCCACGCCCAGCACCACGCGCAGCCUGGACACCGUGAGAGCACGGAUGCCUAUACCUACGAACGAGAGAGAGGGGGGAGGUCGCGGGCGUCGCGUCCCGAGCGUCUGGAGGAGGAGUACUACCCUCGAGAUCAGUACCAGCGCUAUCCGCCGGAGCCCCAUCCGCGCGAUUACGAGGGGUAUGCGCAGGACUACCCGCAACAGGAGGCGUACGGCCACGACUACACUAGGGACGCGUACGCUCGCGAGGAGUACGGGGAGGGCUUCGCGAGGGAGGAGAGGGCGCCGAGGGGCCGCGAGCGCGACGGCCCCGACGACUACGGGCCCUCCCGGCGCGCCCUCAACGCGGUG